CACACCAAAUUUUCUGCCAAAUUUAACUCUUACUUAUACCAACAUUAACAAAGACGUUUAUUAGGUGAAGCGUCAGAGUCCAAGAGAAAAAUCCCUUUUAAUAUUUAAAUAUGGCGCUCAGUGCGUCACCGUGGUGCGCCUGAACUCAAUCAGACGCGUUCAGUUGAAGCAGAGGAGAGGGGCGCUCGCCUGGACUGACAAGUGGACGGAUGUGCGGUGAUACCCUUGCGAGUGAAAACGUCUGCAGCGGUCUCUGAACAGAAAAAGGAGAGAUUUUUUCGCAGUGGUGGGACACGGGACAAGACGAGUGUGCAGCGUUUGUGAGAAUAAAAUCGGCAUCUGGUAGCGUGCUUAAUGGCAGCGGCCUGCGGAUUGUCGGAGGAAGCCGGGGUCUGGAUUUGACAUGUCGCAGGGAUGUGCUGUGUUAUCUGUGGUCAGGAGAUGGCAGUGCUGGCAGAGCUUCACCUCUACUUCUACCCCUUCCAACUGAUCGAUGUCUGCUUCCUGCACAGAGGCAGCGCCUGAAAUCUGGACUACCAUCUUCCCUUCCUCUCCUUCUGUUUCUCCUCACUCAUUUCAUACCAUUUACUCUGCCCUCCUCAUCCAGCUACUUUUUGCCUUUCCCUUAAACUCUCUCAUCCUACCAUCUACCUCCUCAACCUGGAAUUUCUUCAAAGUGUUCUUCAUGAUGGCUUGCUUUGGGCGCUCUCUGGACUCCCCAUGCACACUAGCAAUGCUAGUAGGCUUUCAGUUUGCAUUUGUGCUCUACUUCUCACUCGGGGGCUUCAGAGGUCUGGUGUCUGUCCUGGUGCACACCACAGAGCCAGAGUUUGAUUAUUCUCGACCACAUGACGUCUACACCAACCUCAGUCACCUCGGGGUACCGCCUCCCCCACCUCGGAACUCUGGCAAUGGCCUCCCUGCUUCAGGACAACCGCUGAAAGACUGCCCCAUUCCCUCGCCCCUGUUGGUUGGACCAGUGUCUGUCCAUCUUUCCUCUCCUCUGUCUUUGGAGGAUAUCCGACUGAGGAACCCCUUAGUGUUGCCUGGUGGACGUUAUCGGCCUCCGGACUGCGAACCGCGCCACCACACGGCAAUAGUGGUACCGUUCCGAAACCGACUAAGCCACCUCCGCUCCCUGCUCUACCACCUGCACCCUUUCCUGCAAAGACAGCAGAUACACUACAGCAUCUACAUUGUACAACAGUGGGGGAAUGGCACUUUUAAUCGAGCCAAGCUGCUUAACGUUGGGGUGCGGGAGGCUCUUAAAGAUGAAGACUGGACCUGUAUUUUUCUUCACGAUGUCGACCUGCUGCCUGAGAACGACCAUAAUACCUACACCUGCCACAAACAGUUUCCCACACACCUGUCUGUGGCCAUGGACAAGUUUAGAUACAGGCUGCCAUACCCACAGUAUUUCGGUGGUGUGUCUGCGGUGACCCCAGAUCAGUAUAUGAAGAUGAAUGGCUUCCCCAACCAGUACUGGGGCUGGGGGGGAGAAGAUGAUGACAUUGCUGCCAGAGUGCGGUUGUCUGGUAUGAAGAUUGUGCGCCCUCCAGUGGCCAUUGGCCAUUACAAGAUGAUCAAGCAUAAAGGAGACAAAGGCAAUGAGCAAAAUCCACGCAGAUUCGACCUCCUGAAAAAGACCAGACUCAACUGGCACUCUGACGGUCUCAAUUCGUUGACUUAUGAGCUGCUCACCAAAGAGUUGGAGCCACUCUACACCAACCUGACUGUCAACAUUGGAGAGGACCCCCGGCUGACCCAGGGUAAAGCUCAAAGUGCUGUAAAAGCAACGCCUGUCCAGCCACAUAGCUCCAGCAAGGACAGAGGCCCAACUAAACGUGUGCAAAGUCUAGCAGAAGCCGUGGUGAGAAAUAAUACUUUGGUCAAGCCGUCUGGUGAAAAGACAGGGCCUAUCCUGUCAAAGACAGCAAAUCCAACCACACAGGAAAAGGCAGAAGUAAUGAAAUAAGGGUUUUAAUUUAAAAAAAUAACAUUGCAUUUGUAGCAUAAAGUGGAUCCCCCCUUCAUUUUGAUCUGACAGACAAAAUGAUGGAAGGCAGCAUUGAUCUGUUGCAUUAAGGGUAGUUAUGCACUGGAUCACAAACAUAAAGCCUGUUUUGUUUACAGAUGUGCAUUCUGGACUAUUGAAUCCCUUUUGUUGGGUUAUGAUCCACUGAAUGUGACUCUGACUCCAGUGACUGGCAAGGAGAUCGCCUAGACCAGCAACAGAAAGAUAAACAAUUCUGUUGCAUCUAAGUAAAGGUCCAAAAACUCAUUGAAAAUGAGAAAGCAACAUAUAUAGACCUCUGCAGACUGGAACUGCAAGUUGCAAGCAACUCAUCGGCAGAGCUGCAGCUUCAAUCAGUCUGCACCUCUGAUCCUCUCCUAUUAAAAAAAAAACAAAGAAAAAAAGUUGCUGCUGUCCAUCCACCUCACUCCGUGGUGGGUUUGUGUUUCUGUGCCUUCUCUCUUUUAUGCGCAUUUUAUAGACUGAUAGAAAUGCUUUUAGGGGCUAAGCUAGUGUAAGUUUGGCUUGUCCUACAAGUUGGGAGUAUAAAGCUGACCAGAACAAACCCUUUGUUCCAGGAUUGCUGUUUUUAUAUAUUUGCUUGCAUCAAUCAAUCAAUCACUGACCAACUUCGUAGUUCCUGGAAUAUCCUAGAGUUUAUAUUUAUAUAUCUAUAUAUAGAGAGACAUUUAUUUGUGUACUUCUUUAGUUUUAAUGUCCUUCAUUACAGUCUGGUGCCUCUCUCUCUAUGACGUUUAGUUUAGAGACAAUCAAAUUAUAUGGGAGUGUAAACUGUAUCCAAACACAUAACGAACAUGAUGUGGCAUGAUAGUUGUUGUCUAGUUUGACUAUAUUCUUGAUACACAGAUAGAUUUGUGCUUCUGAUAUUACCUAUGUUUUAUUUUUUUUUAUUUAAACCGUUUGAUUUUAGAUUUCAUGUGAGAAUAAGAAGAAGGCUUGCGGACAAGUAACGUAAGGCACGCAACGAGAAUAAUGUCAAGCUAGUGUUCUAAUAUCUAAAGUGGUUACGGUAAAAACAAAGCACUGUGGAUAGAUUUAGGAACAAACAAAUGUUUGCCUCUUUGUGUCUGUCUUUAUUUGCUAUGGUGAAGCUUUACAGACUUAAGCAAGAAGGUAAUGUUUCAAGCCGGAAAUGUUUUUGCUUUGUGUAAAAAUCCUGAGGGUUGUCUGAUCAGGACAUGCAUGAAAGUUAUGAUCGACCUGUCACGGCUUAACAACAGCUUAAUUUAUUUUAGUAAACUUAUCAGCCAUUCUGAAUGUACUUUUUAGUGUUUGUCCUUGUUUAUGUUUUGUAAAAAGGAGAGUUACAGUGCCCUGCAGAAGUAUUCAUACACCUCAAACCUUUUUCACAUAUUCACACAUUACAACCAUACAUUUCAGGGUGUUUUAUUUGGAUUUCAGGUUGUAGAGAAACAACUGCAGUACAUAGUUGUAGAGAGGAAUGGAAUUAAUAAAAGAAACAUCUGAAGUGUGGUGUGCAUUUGUAUUUACCUGCGAGGCCAAAUUAUUAAACUUCUUCACAAAUUUAUCUCUGAUCUUGAUGCUAUGUUUGCUGUCCUCAUGAUGCAAUUUAUUUUCUAAAGGAGGCCUUCGCAGACCAUCAGUUUUUAUACUGAGAUUAAAAUAAAUUCAUAUAGACUUAUUCAAUAUUCAGGUGACAUCUGGUUGCAGUAGAAGUUAUUUGGAUGUGUCAGAUGGCUGAUUACAAAUGUGUGCCACACUUUUCAGAUUUCUAUUUCUAUUUAAGCAGCUUCCAUUUCUCAACUAUGUAGUACUUUUUGUCUAUCAGAUAAAAGCUUAAUCAAAUAGAUUGAUGUUUCUGACUGAAAUGUGGCUAAAUGUGAAACAGGUAUGGUAUGGGUGCUUUUGCUUGGCUCUUUACCUUAGUGGACUUAAAUCUGAUAACUAGUUGGAAAUAUGAUUUCUUGCUGCUAUCUGAAACUGUACAACUGAAUCUAACAUCAAAUGAAGUACUGUAACUAAUGGUGUGGGAUGCUGUUAUAACACUAACAGGCAAAGUAUGAGUUAGUCUAAACUGAAUGUAUGAAGUUUCUUAAAUUAUUUAUUGUCACCGAUAGAUCUGAAUAUGCUGACUUCUGAGGUGAUCUGUAAAAGUGUUCUCCAUGGUAGAUCAGAUAGAUGCCCUGUUUUACAGCUGUAACAUAUCUCUGUUUCUUUUGUUAACUUUGUGCCUCAUAUAAUAAUUUAAAAGGCUCCAUAAUGACUGAAGGACCAGAUGUGUGCUGCACAGUUAGAUGUGAGCACCCCCAUGUGGCACAGCCUGGUGAAAUAAACCAAGGGCUGAAUGAAACUGCAGUGUUGUGACUGAAAUGUUAAUCAUUAACGUUCGCCAUUCACUGGCUUUAAACCAAUCAAAUACUUUCAUUGCCCUGUCAGGAGGGAUUUUUUUCAUCACGUGAAUAUCCCGUCAGCUUAAAGGAGAAGAGCGGCUCAGAAUUUUAUUCACCAGUAGAAUCAUCAACUGCAAGGUGCAACAGACUUAUGAAUGGAUACUACUUUAAAGAAGCAAUCCGUGUUCAAUAUAAAGUGUUCUAAGAAAGUAUAGCUUUGAAGGUGUACACUGAGAGACAAAUCGCAUUAAUAAAAAAAAACUUUAUGCAAUAUUGCUCUUUAAUUACUUACAGAUUAUCCUCCAUUUAUGAUAUACCCUGGGACAAAUCUAUUAUGAUAUGUAAGAGUGAUGCAGGGAAAGCUUUUAAAGAAAUAUAAUCUCAGCAGAUUAAUCAGCAAACUGUGUGCUUAAUGUAAGAUUGCUAUAUAUUUAUUGAAUACAUUCGUUUUUAUAAAGAAUUUUUGCAAAAGCAUUGAACUAAUACAGAUAUGAAUGCAUAAUCAUUAAGAUGAAUUGAUGAAUUGCUUUACUUAAGUAUACUUUGUAAUCAUUUAAUUUCUGUGCUUUUAUGAAGGAUAAAAAGAACAACUGGCUAAAUAGUUAGGAUCUUCAUGCAUUCACUGAAAAAGGAAAACUCCUAUUACAUAAAAAACUGAUGUUAAUUCCUUACAUCUUUUUUUUUUAGGUUGCCUUAUUUACUGACCAUAUCUUGAAGGAGAUAGAUGUGAUUUUUUGUGUGUUUGUACGAAGGUAUAGCAAAAAGGCAGCAGAAUCGAGUAAAAUAUAUCUACUUCAUUGUGACAGAAAGCAAAUAUAUAAACCAAUAAAAAACACGAUCAAAAGA